AUGACAUCAGAAACUAGCCGGAAACCAGACAGAUUUUGCUCAUGGAACGGCAUUCUCAAAGAACUAGCCAGGGCUGCCAGCCUGGAAAUCCCUGGAUUCGGUGAAAUCAUUCUGAACGAAAGCCCACCGAACAAAACUUCUAGAAACUCACCGCCGCCAGCAUCAUCCGCUAAGCCUCGAUCGACAACAUCUUCAUCUACAACAUCUACAUUUUCGAAGAGCGAGGACUUCACCAUGCCUAUCCCUCGGAUUUCGCUUCCUCGACCUGCAGUGUUGAGAUCGCCUCUCCUCCGCACUUCCACAACAACACUCCGUCCACUUUCAACCACGAGCCCAGCGCUAGGUGCAUGGUCUGGCCGCGGGCCAGACGAACAUGCAGUGAACCGAACGGACGAGAAAGAUACGCAGUCAAAGCCAGCACACCAGGGAAUGAGAGAGAAGGACGAAGGUGACAGCCAGGCUCUUGGGAUCUCUGAGAAAGGCGGCAAAGACAACAAGAAGGCGGAGCAGGACAAGCAAGAGGCACCAACGCCAGUGAUUGGUAUGAAUGAUGAACGGGGUGGGAAGGGUCGUUAG